AUUUUUUCUUUAGAUGUGUGUGGAUGUUGUUUAAAAUAAGAAGAAGUCUUCAUUCAUGCCAGCUUGCUCCAAGAUGAGAGGAGAUGGGAGAAAGCACAUGCUGUACUGGUGAUCAAGUUUGAAUGGAUUCCUGCACACGGGAAAAUAAGGGCAGAUACUCCCACAGUAGUCAGAGGAAAGUAGGAGAGACGGUGGCGCUAAUGCCUCGAUGACCGGGUUCCCAGCCGUGAUUAAACACCAGAAGAAAGAAGGAGCACCAGCAGAAGAAGAAACAGAAGAAGAGAUGAAGUGUUUCCUACAACAGAGUUGGAUACGAAAACCAUCGAGUUGGAAACAAGAGAAAUAACACACCUGCACCAAUGUGCCGUAGCAUUCUGCUUUUUGCUAGCUUACUGGAUAGGUCCGAACAAAGCUAGCUAGCUAGCAUCCUGUCACUUAGCUUGGCCAAUUCAUUUGAUCAGCGAUCGAGGAGAGACUGGUCCGCUGAAGAAGAAGACCAGUAUCCGCACUGGCUCCCUGUGUCUGUCCCUGAUGUUGGACUGCAGAACUAACAUAACUGUUGUUUAACAUUAAACACCAUCCCAGCAGGUCCAAUGUCUGUCAUGGCGUCAGAGGUCAGCAUGCAGGAGAUGAGUGAGGUGGUGAUUGUCACCAUACCAGAAAGUGUGGCAGAGGACCUCCCCUCUGUCGUGGAGGAGGAUAAAGCAGUGCUGGUGACUGCACAGCUGAGCCCUCAGCCAGGGGAGGAGGUCCUCACAGUAGCACCAGUGGAGGCAGAGGCUGAGGCCAGCACAUCAGAUGCACUGUCAAAGGAGGAGGCAGUCAUAGUGAAGUUAACUGAAGAGGUAGAUGUGGAAGCUGAUAUCUUCUACCCAAUCACCUGCGGAGACGCCAAAGCCACGCUGGUCUGGAAGAAGUUUGUCUGCCCGGGGAUCAAUGUGAAAUGUGUCCAGUUCAACGAGCAGCUCAUCAGCCCAAAGGAGUUUGUGUGUUUAGCAGGGAAAUCCACUCUGAAGGAUUGGAAGAGAGCCAUCCGCCUCAACGGCACCAUGCUCAGGAAGAUCAUGGACUCAGGUGAACUGGACUUCUACCAGCAUACAAAGGUCUGUUCCAACACCUGCCGCAGCACUAAGAUAGACCUGGUGGGAACAAAAGUGUCCAUCAGCAGCGAUCAAUCAGUUGACCUGGUCUCUGCCACCCCCUCAUCAGCUGACUUAAAUGGAACACUAGCCUCGUUUCCUGAAGUGACAGAGGAAACAUCGGAGUGGGUCACAGCCAUCGGAGAGGACUCUGUGGUGUUCUGGCGUUCUGUGAAGGAGGCAGGACUGCUGGAGGAGGUGGUGGAGGACUUUCAGAAGGAGCUGCAGGAGGUGCUUAAAGGACUUCAGGAGAGAGUGUGUGACCCACCACUACAAGUCAAAGAUGCAGUUUUGCUCAACAAUAUCGUGCAGAACUUUGGGAUGUUGGACCUGGUGAAGAAGGUUCUGGCCAGUCAUAAGAGCCAGAUGGACCGUUACAGAGAACAGUACACUCGCAGCCUUGCUGCUCUGGAGCAGCAGUGUGAUGAGCACAGGAAGCGAGCCAAGGAGCUGAAGAGUAAAUCCCAGCACCUCAACAACGUCCUGAUGACCCUCACCCCAGUCCCUUCAACCCCGCCACCCAAGCGUCCCCGGCUGACCCGCACCGUCUCCGGCCCGGCCAAGGUCAGCGCUGCUCCUACCCAAAUCACUCUGCCUUUCAACCAGCUUACUGGCCUGCCACUGGGCAAGGUUCUGACCAUGGCAGGAGGCCCAGCCGGCACCAACCUAGGUGGGUACACUCUGCUGACCUCCACGCUUUCUGGGUCAGAGCUGGUGAGCGACUCCUCUAACUUGACUGUGCUGUCCACGACGGCGGGUCAGGAGGGCGCAGCCGGCGCCAGCGGCUCCGCGGCCUCCACGGCCUUCGUUAAGAUGGUUGGCCCUCAGUUCCAGCUGGUGACGCUGCCGGCUACUCUGCAGAGCUUGGCACCCUCACAGAACGUGGCCAUCCAACAGCAGGUCAGCAGCAUCAGUGUGGUGGACGCCACAGCAACCAUUGAUGAUUCACAAGAGGAAGCCCCGGCUGAUGGUGAUGACGAAGGUCAGCCAGAGCAGGUUAAAGAAGAAAAUGUGGAGCAGGUGGUUGAACAGCAAUGAGACGAAGGAUGGCUCUUCUCUCCCCCGUCUCCCAAUGACCCUCAUUUCAUCAUUUGGAUUGAAUGUGCAUUUCCUGUGAUGUUUGAGGAACCAGUUUAUCUUUUACAGAUCCUUGUGUGUUCAUUCGUCAUUUCACACAACACGUAAGCCUUCCUUUAAGAUGCCCUUCACAUUUCAAGAUACCCACAUUUCUGUUUUGCAUCUGGUAGUGAGGUGGGAGUAUGUUGAAUGUGAUUUUACUGUAAAUAUGUUUUUGUACCUAAUAUAUUUGAUACAGUUGUAUGAAUUUGUUUCAUGUAGGCUGUAAAAGGAGCAUUGUUCAGUUUAAUAAAUGCUCAAUUUUUGAGGAAAAAGUGUCCAUUAUUACACA